GCUUGAAUGAACUGCCCAGCUCCUGUGGAAGUCACAUACAAGAACAUGAGAUUUCUUACUACACACAAUCCAACCAAAGCAACAUUAAACAAAUUUAUAGAUGAACUUAAGAAGUAUGGAGUUACCACAAUAGUAAGAGUAUGUGAAGUAACUUAUGACACUAAUCUUGUGGAGAAAGAAGGUAUCCAUGUUCUUGCAGAUUGGUUAUGUCUUGUAAAAAUUAAGUUUCAUGAAGAACCUGGUUGUUGUGUUGCUGUUUGUUGCAUUGCAGGCCUUGGGAGAGCUUUGGUACUUGUUGCCCUAGCAUUAACUGAAGGUAGAAUGAAAGAUGAAGAUGCAGUACAAUUUAUAAGACAAAAGCAGCGUGGAGCUAUUGACAGCAAGUAACUUUUGUAUUUG